CAGCUAUAAAUGCUGCUGCACAUUGCUCUCUCUCUCUCAGCAGACUCGGCAGACGACACGUUACAGUCAUGGAUCUUCUAACCACGGAGAAGGAGAACCAAAGGCGGAUCCGAAAGUUGGAGCAAGCCUUUGGCCCAAAGGGGAUGGCGUUGUCCCUUAAUGGUCGGAUUCUGAUGGGAGAGGGCAAACUGAUGAAAAGGGGUCGUAAGAAGUGGCAGCAGAGAGCUUUCUUCCUCUUCAAUGACAUCAUCAUGUACUGUGGUGUCAUCAUGAACAAACGCUUGUACAAAAAACAGAAGGUCAUCGCUUUAGAGGACAUCAAAGUGAAGGACAUGGAGGACAGUGAGGACACCAAGCACCAGUGGAUGAUCUGCACACCUCGCAAGUCCUUUUUUGUGUCGGCUUCCUGCAACGAGGAGAAGCAAGCCUGGAUGGAAAACAUCAGGAAGUGCCAGUGCAGCCUGCUGCAGGGCUCCAACAUCAAACCAGGCUCCAGCUUUGCCAUUUCCUGGAUCCCUGACCAGGCCACCACCAUCUGCAUGCGCUGCUGGGUCAAAUUCACCGCUACCAACCGUCGACACCACUGCCGAAAGUGUGGCUUUGUGGUGUGCAACCAGUGCUCCAAGGAGAGAGAGUUGAUAGAAAACAUUCACCCCACCAAAGAGGUGCGGAUCUGCAAAGUCUGCAACGAGAAGGUUGAUGAUGCGGAGAAUAACCAGGAAAGCAAUCGCCACAGGGGAGACAGCUCUGGAAUGCACAGCUCUGAGGACGACGACGGUGAAGAAGAGCCGCUGCAGGUGUCCAGCAACUGGCCGGGCGCCAACAACUGCACGUGGAGCUAACUUGGUUAAACAGCAACUCCAGCCUCUAGUGCCAGGAGUACAACGUAUAAUAACACUUUUGUGUUACUGAGCAUUUGCUGCAGCAGAGAUUGACCAAUUCACCAGUCGGCCAUUGUUACAAACGGCCACCUGAGCAUACUGGUCUGGUCUUAGGUUUGCUUUGUAGCAUCUGGCAACAAAAAAACAUGUUUCAGCACAACUUUCUGAACCUCACCACUCCUCCUGCUAAAGCUCUGCCUCAAAUUUCCCAACUUGCAUGUUUUAUUAUCAUUUGUGAGCCUCAAACAGAAAUGGAAGGAAAUCAACGGUGGGCAUUGGGAAAACCCUGAUCCGUCUACUUUUCUAUUCCUUUGGUGUGUAAUUUAAAAAACAACAUCCUGGUUGCAGAAAUGGUCACCGUCUUUAAGCCUUUGAGAUUGGGGAGAGCUGACAGGGAUCGCUGCUCGGGGCUGAAUGUGGUAAACAGAGCAGGGCGGGGUGGUUUAAAACCUGCCAAGAGCAUUUUAACUAAAGACGGAGAUAAAACGGCUCUGCAGAGAAGAUCUGGAGUGGAACAAAUGUGAAAAACUGAUUGUGAAAGAACACAAGAACGUAUUUUUACUGUUUACGCUGUAAACUUUUGAAGAUUUUAUCUGAUUCAGCACUUUUUGUACAGUUCCUUGUAAACGUCUUCAUUAACAACGAACUGUAGAAACUUAUGUUAAAUGCACCUUUUAAAUUCCACUGUGAUUCCAGUAUAAUAUACAUUGUAUAUAUAUAUAUAUAUAUAUAUAUAUAAUUAUUUUACAUGUAAAUGACUGUAAUAAACCUCAUUUAGA